GGUGGAUUCGCCAAAUGUUAUGAGAUGACAGAUUUGACAACAAAUAAAGUUUAUGCUGCAAAAAUCAUUCCCCACAGCAGAGUAGCAAAACCUCAUCAGAGAGUAAAGAUUGACAAAGAGAUUGAGCUGCACAGAACACUUAAUCAUAGACAUGUUGUGCAGUUUUAUCACUACUUUGAAGACAGAGAGAAUAUUUACAUUCUUCUGGAGUACUGCAGUAGAAGGUCAAUGGCUCACAUCUUAAAAGCAAGGAAGGUAUUGACAGAACCAGAAGUACGAUAUUACCUCAGGCAAAUUGUGUCAGGGCUAAAGUAUCUUCAUGAACAGGAAAUCUUGCACAGGGAUCUUAAACUUGGUAACUUCUUCAUCAAUGAGAACAUGGAACUGAAACUGGGUGACUUUGGCUUAGCAGCUAGGCUGCAACCACUGGAGCACAGGAGGAGAACAAUAUGUGGCACACCAAAUUACCUCUCUCCAGAAGUCCUCAACAAACAAGGGCAUGGCUGUGAAUCUGACAUCUGGGCCUUAGGCUGUGUAAUGUAUACAAUGCUGUUGGGAAGACCCCCAUUUGAGACCACAAACCUUAAAGAAACAUACAGAUGUAUAAGGGAAGCAAGAUACAGCCUGCCUUCAUCUCUCCUGGCACCUGCAAAACACUUAAUAGCUAGCAUGUUGUCAAAAAAUCCUGAAGACCGGCCCAGUUUAGAUGAAAUAAUUCGACAUGAGUUUUUCUUACAGGGCUUUACACCUGACAGACUUUCUGCUAGCUGUUGUCACACUGCUCCAGAUUUCCAUUUGUCAAGUCCUGCUAAAAAUUUCUUCAAAAAAGCAGCUGCUGCUCUCUUCGGUGGUAAAAAAGAUAAAGCCAGAUACUUCGACGCACAUAACAGACUAACUAAAGAAGAUGAAGAAAUCUACAAGCUCAGGCAUGAUUUGAAGAAGAUGUCAAUAACCCCGCAGCCCCACAAACACAGAACAGAUGAGGAGAUCCAACCUCUUACCACAGCAGUAGCAGAGCCAGGAGCAUUGCCAGAAACUAAGCAGGCUGGAGACGCUAUUCGGAUGAUAGUCAGAGGAACUUUGGGGAGCUGCAGCAGUAGCAGUGAAUGUCUGGAAGACAGUACCAUGGGAAGUGUUGCUGAUACAGUUGCAAGGGUAUUGCGAGGAUGUCUGGAGAAAAUGCCAGAAGCAGACAGCAUUCCCAAAGAGCAGCUGACAGCAUCCUUCCAGUGGGUCACAAAAUGGGUGGACUACUCCAACAAGUAUGGCUUUGGGUACCAGCUGUCGGAUCACACUGUUAGUGUCCUUUUCAACAAUGGGACACAUAUGAGCCUUCUGCCAGACAAAAAGACAGUCCACUACUAUGCUGAGCUAGGCCAGUGCUCUGUCUUCUCCACUACAGAGGCUCCUGAACAGUUCAUUAGCCAAGUAACUGUACUGAAGUAUUUCUCUCACUACAUGGAAGAGAACCUCAUGGAUGGAGGAGAUCUACCCAGCCUAACAGAUGUACGCAGGCCCAGGCUUUACCUUUUACAGUGGCUUAAAUCUGAUAAAGCAUUAAUGAUGCUCUUCAAUGAUGGCACAUUUCAAGUGAACUUCUACCAUGAUCACACAAAAAUCAUCAUUUGUAAUCAGAGUGAGGAGUAUCUUCUUACCUACAUUAAUGAAGAGAGGAUAUCCACAACGUUUCAUCUGACAACUCUUCUGGUUUCUGGGUGCUCCUUGGAACUAAAACACAGAAUGGAAUAUGCUCUGAACAUGCUGCUGCAGCGAUGUAAUUGA